CGAGACUCUGGUGUCUAUCUUUCUGAAGACGAAGUCGUUCCACCACAGACACAGCCCUCAUCGUUCGCUUCGAGCAACGGACUGUCGCUCUCAAGGACUCCCUCGAUCUGUUUGAAGCACGCCUCUUCUACAAAAUCGGUAGCUUCGCUGCAGCGAGCCGACUCGACUACACGCCGCUUACAUCGCCCCGCAGACCUCAAUCUUGGCUCUCCUACAGUGGGCAACGAGUUGAAACCGCGAUCGGAACUGGAAAUGCGAUACGACCUUAUCCGAAACUCCAAGACACAAUCGAAAGCUACCCUGCGGUCGCCGACCCAACUCCUCAAAGAGCGACUGAAGAUGUCACCGAAGAAGAAAGAGCACGAGGAAAAGAUUCGCAACUUUACGCCACCACGACUGGUUGCAAAUGGCUGCUUGUUGCCCGGCCCAGUGGGGAAUAUGGAAGCCUUCACCAGUACAUCAGUCCGCGCAAGGACGGAAAGACAUGGAUUGCCGGCCUGGUGGUGCAAGGUCGAUAAGCUCGUUGUGUUUGACGGCAGGGAUGUAGGCGAUGAAGGCGAGUUGCGGUCCCGAACACGAACGAGUAAAGGCCUGAGCACUGCGCGGCGGCGCGGUGAUUUGGAGACAAUCAUCAUUCCCAUGGACUGUACACAUUGUCAGGACAUGCUCAAUCGCCGUGAGUGGAAGUACGAUAUGCGUGUUUGUAAGAGAAGCGUGUGCUGGGACUGUAAGGAGAGGUGUAAAUGGGAAAUGAAAGAGGAGCAGAGUGCGAGUGAGGGAAAG